GAAGAGCUCAAACACUCCCCCAUCAUCAUAAACCUCCACAGGCCUACAGAAAUCCUCCCCUUCAGAACACAGGAGCUGAGCAGACACCAGAUGAAACCUCACAGCAGAUGCUCCUCUCACUGAACACCACAUGCUUCUCGCAGAGAUGGAGAAAAGAGCAGAAACAUCUCAUUCUUCAAGAUCUGGACGGACAAAGAGGGAGCCGUCACCUUCUCCCAAAGAGAGAAAAACCAAAGCACCCAAAUCCGUCAAGCUCCAAGAGCCUCACAAAAGAAGAGAAAAACCAGAAGUGACUGAAGAAGAAGAAAGUGGUGAAUCCAAAGAGCCUCAGAUGAUCUCCAGCAGCACGGUUGUAAAUGUAGACAGCGUAAGGGAGCGGAUUAAAGAAGAUCGAGAGGAGUUAUUGGGGUUAUUGGAGACUGAGGGGCCUGGAGAAGGCUUGAAGAAGAGAUACCUUGGAGUUUGUGAGCAGCUUCUCAUCGUUUUGGUCCUGUCUGUGGUGAUCUUCUUCUUUCCUAUUUUAAUCUGGUUCUGUGUGAAGAUUGUGAGAGAACAUGAGAGAGCGGUGAUAUUUCGGUUGGGUCAUUUAUUGCAGAAGAGACCCAGGGGCCCUGGGCUGAUGUUUUAUCUCCCAUUUUUGGAUGUGUGCCAUAUAGUGGACGUUCGUCUGAAAAUACUGAAGAUCCCUCCUCACACGGUGGUGACCAAAGAUCUGGUGUGUACCGAAGUGAGUGCGGUGUGUUACUAUCGUAUCGAGAAUGUGUCCGUGUGUUAUUCAUCCCUCGCCGGUGUCCCAGAUGUGCUGCAGGCUCUGACCCAGGUCUCUGUUAGAGAGAUACUGGCCCAUCAUGCCUUCACUGAUAUUUUGCUGGACAGGAAACGGAUGGCCCAGGAGGUUCAGGUCACUUUAGAUUCGGUAACCUGCAGGUGGGGAAUCAAAGUGGAAAGAGCGGAAAUAGAAGAAAUCAGUCUUCCACCUGCUCUUCAACACAACUUCGCUGUGGAGGCCGAAGCGAGACGUCAAGCACAAGUCAAAGUGAUCGCGGCGGAGGGAGAAAAGGCAGCUUGUGAAGCUUUGAAGGCCUCGGUGGAGUCUCUCUCUGGUUCUCCGCUGGUCAUGCACCUUCGACUCCUGCAGCUCCUCCACAAUCUGCGCUCGGAGCAGCCCGCUGUGGUCCUCAACAUACCUCCUGAUGUCCUGACCCAAUCCAUCGACAUCGCCAGUUUGACCCGACCUGCCAAUCAAAGCCUGAUCGCAGCUGACGGCUCCGAAGAUGCUACCAAAGACUCACGCAUGAUGUAAAGACAGCGUGUUUGUCAGUGUUUACUUGUGAAGACGUGAGCAGCUUCAUACUACUAAUUUUACGUAGAUAUGCAUAAUAUAUUGGUAGUCACUUAAAGCUAAUCUUUAAAAAAACACUAUAAUUUAAUAACACUGUUAAAUGUAAUCUUAAUCAUUAAUGAUAUGUGCACACUUUAAAUACAGAUGUGUCUAUUAAAUACUUUAUUACUUUGCCCCACA